AUAUAUAUAUAUAUAUAUAUAUAUACACACAAACACACACAUAUAUAUAUAUUCACUAUAUCGAUAAACAGUAGCACUAUUGAUAUCGAUAUCUUUACUACAAAAAGAAAUUAAUAUCAUAAAAAAUAGAUUUACGAUCUUUCGAGUUUUCAGAGAAGAUAAAAAUAAUUUAUUUGAUCAAAAGAAAAAAUGGGUCGUUCUUGUAGGGAAUUAUGGAAGGACUAUCACUUUGUUUUAAAAAUAGUUACUUUUAUUAUCCUAUUGGUCAUACAUUUCUUUCUUUCCGAUGUUUAUGCAGCAUGUUAUCAAUUUUAUGUAUUCGCAAUUGGUUAUUUCUAUACAGCAUUUAUAAAUAUGAUUAUAUUAUUAUAUGCUUACGUGUGGUUCACUAAUACCUUCAUUUGGGAAUGCUGUAUGAUUAUAGCCACGGCACUGAUGUUAUUGAUUAGCGCAUUUGUAUUGAUGUAUGAUUAUUACGAGGAUGAUGGAGUCAGUGAACUUGAUAGACGUACUCGGUCCGCAGCCAAAUCUUUUGCCAUAUGUGUUGGACUAACAAUUUUGGCUAUAGUGAUUCUCAUAAUCGAUGUAAUAUUAUUGAUAAUAAAAGGUGGUAAAGGAGGUCGUGGUGCAACGCGUGGCAGAGGUGAAACUACCGAAUAAAUAUAUUUUUUAUAUAACGAAUUUACACGAUUAUAAAAUAUAGAUGAAUGAUUAAUAAAAAUUUGGA